CAAGAAAACAGUCCGUAAUUAGUGUUAUCGAAAGGAAGCGACAGUGAAAGCUUAGUUGUACAGCAGUAGUUGCCGUGACAAUAAUUGAUUAUUCACGAACAUUGCACACACGUUGUUGGUUGUAGGUGAAGCUCUGUGUGUAGCCGACAGGUGAGAUAGUUCGCAACUUGGCCGUGCCACAGGUGUAGCAGCACCGUACAGUGUGUCUACUACAGUUGUUACUAUGUAGUCAGACCUAGACAUCUGUGAACCGUGAAAUAUAGCUGACUGUUAACUUGGACUAUUUCUAAUACGUAUGUGAGAGAAGACGCCAGUUAUGUACAGACUCCUGCUUCUGGUUUCUGCAUGUCUGGGAGCCCAUCAUCCUGAAGUCCUAGGGGAGGAACCAGAUCCUGAGGACGUGGACCGAGACCCGAGGGUGAGUUGCUACGAUGGCUUCCCUAGCGGCCAGUGCGCCGCCCGCUGCCACAGCUCUGACACUGCCCCCGCCUGCCUGAAGGGCGGCGCCUGCGUGUGCCAGUCCCUGGCGCCACCCCCAGUCCUCGGGCCCUCCCUGGUACUCCAACAGCUCGCGGAAGAGGCCCGUCUGGAGUCCUGGACCACGAUCCAGGACAUCGUCCUCGACUCCGCACUCGUAUACCUCGCCGUCGCCUGUCUCCUCUACUACUGUCGCAGGAGGUGCUCACGCAGAAAGUCACCCACCGUCAGCAUCUAGAGAGAAACAUCCGCUGGCUCGCUCUCUAAUUCAAAUACAAUUCUAUAUCGUAUUAAUGUUUAUUUAAAAAGUAAUUACUGUAGUAGACAUAAAUAAGAAGCUGACCAUAGCAGAACAGCUCCAAAUAAUGUGUUAGCAACAAUUUGUUGUGUUACACUUUACAAUCACUUAAUUAAGCUCAUAAAUUAAGUUUACUGUUUUGAUAAAAAGCUGUAACAAAAUAAAAAAAACAACGUAAUCCAAAAAUGAAGUAAGGAUUAAGGGAUUCUAGAUGAAAACCUAUCACAAAAGGGGAAUUUGUGGCUUAAUAAAAUAUUAGGCUCCAUAUCCACGACAUUUUUUACAAAAGUAAGAAUUUAAAAACACAUGAUUAUAUGUUAAAUUCUUUGAGACAAUAAACCUUCUUUUUUAAUUCCUUAA